UCGUUAUUCUCCAAACUCAGUCAAUACAGGAGAAAGCAUCUUGAAAACAGCGCUCCUUUAGGAUUCCCUUUUCUUGUCUCAGUUUGCAAGAAAUACUGGAAUUAUUGUAUUUGUUUCGUCUUUUUUUUGGAGUCUUAUUAUACUAGAAUGGAAAUUGAUCAACCUGUUCAAGCUGGCCCUGUGAAAGAUGAAAAUUUCAUUUCAAAAUACCAGGAUGCUGGUGCUGUCGUGAGUAAAGCCUUCCAUAAACUUGCUCCUCUUUUUGUUCCCGGUGCUUCUGUUCGUGAAUUGUGCAGUUUAGGCGACCAAUUCAUCGAAGAAAUGGUUGCUUCUAUGUACAAGUCGAAGCGAUAUGAAAAAGGUCUUGCUGAACCCACAAGCGUUUGCGUCAAUAAUUGCGCUUUCAAUUAUUCUCCAGGAUCUGAAACAUUAGUGAACAAUGUCGAUAACAGUUAUCAUCUCCAAAUUGGCGAUGUAACAAAAAUUGCAAUGGCUUGUCAUAUUGAUGGUUAUACUGCUAGUCUUUGUCACACUGUUGUUGUGACUCCUCCACCUCAACCCGGAAUGGGACCUUACAUUGGCCCUGGAGCUGAUGCUCUCUGCGCAGCCCAUUUUGCUACCAAGGCAGUUGCGAAUAUGAUCUCCAAUGUGGAUCCUUCGAAUCCGGUUACCGGUCCUAGAUUGCGUAAGGUUGUGGAAGAUGUUGCUGCUCAAUUCCGUGUUCACGUGGCUCCUGGAUCUCGCAUUCGUCGAAUUGACAGAUACCUUGUUGGACAAAUAACUAUUGAUCAACUCGAGGGAGGAAAAAAUACAAAGGCUGUAGUUGAAUGGCCUGCUCCGGAAGAUGAUGCAGAUAAACAGGAAGCGUCUAAGGACCCUUUAGAUCCUGCUGGUGGUUUGCUGGAGGAUUUGAGCAACUGGCAUGUUAUGCCAAAAGAAGCUUGGCUUAUCGAUAUUUCCAUGUCUUCCAAACCAAUUGAUCACCUCAGAGAGCAUCCAGAUUUGAAACCUACAAAUUACAUACAUGAUGUUAAUGUCUUUUAUAUGUUAAAAUUGAAAGCUGCUCGAGCUUUACUGUCUGAGGUUAAAGAAAAGAAAUCCGUUUACCCCUUUCACAUCCGUUCUUUAACCACAGAACGAAACCUUUUAGGUUUGAAAGAAUUAGUGGAUAGACACAUUCUUGUUCCCUAUCCAGUAAUGGUUGCGUCUCCCUCCACUCUCAUUGCACGCGAAGAGUUAACAGUUAUUGCUAAGCCCAAUCCUUCUACCGAUUUAUUCUGUUUGACCGUACCAACUCCACCUAGUUAUGUAAAGAGUGACUUUUCCUUAGUUGAAGGAACAGAUGCAUUCAUGUUUAGCGAAGCUAUUCAGAGUCACGUGAAAAUGGUUUCGCUUGAGUAGACAGCUAUGGUGACGAUUAGCUGAGACAGUUAAAAAAAAACAUGAAAAAAGGCUGAAAAUAUUUAAUUCGUUUUGGUUUAUAGAGACGUUGUUGGGAUCAAUAAAAUAUAGGUUUACUUGGUAGGAAAGGAUUUGGUUCUUAAAGAGCAAAUAUAUCUAUUGUCGACAUGUAUAUGAAUACAAAAUUGCCAUGUCAGAUGUGAAGUUGCGUACACAAAGGAUCAUUAAUUUGUCAUUUGUUCAUUUCUUAUAAACUUUAACCAUUCGCUCGUCUACAUAUUUUAUGGACAAAAACCCAAAAUCAGAUAAUUAAGAAAAGAAACCAAAAAGAGAGAAAGGUCGUGCGAGAAGCAAUUAACAUGCAAAACUUUAGUGUUUAACGCCUCAUAGACGUUUUCAUAAGGGGUGUUUCUUAAUGUAUUCUACAAGAGAUUUAAUUGUAAUCAUCUUAAUUCCCCACUGCGAAGAAAACUGUGCACAGUCAUCGUAUCGGGACAUUAGUCCAUCCUCAUCACGAACAAGCUCACAUAUAGCAGCGACAGGAGGCAGACCUGCAAGCUUGCACAAAUCAACUGCAGCUUCUGUGUGGCCAUCACGAGCCAAAACACCUCCCCGUUGUGCCCUUAAAGGCACGAUAUGACCUGGUCGAUUGAAGGCUUUAGGAUUCUUUAGUUCUGGGUUGGCUAGUUGUCUGGUCGUGAGUGCACGAUCAUGUGCGGAUAUUCCAGUAGUAACUCCUUCUGUAAAGUCAACUGUAACUGCAUACGCUGUACGCAUCCUUUCUUCAUUGUUUUCGACCAUCAUGGGAAUAUUUAAUUCGUUCAAGCGUUCAGCAGUCGUAGGAACACAAACAUAGCCACUGUUUAAUCAAAGUCAGUAAGAUAUUCUAAAAUAGAGAUCAUUUUUGUAAUACCUUGAGUGUCGAACAAGAAACGCCAUUUGUUCAGUUGUAAGAU